GUGAGGCUAGCACGUUGAGCUGAAGGUUCUGUGAAGUGCCGCGGUACAGGCUUGGCGUCUAGCCGAGUGUGUAGUGGGAAUCCGGGGCAGGGUCAGGUCUGGAUCUUCGGGGGAAUGGAUCGCGUGUGGAGUGCGUGGUGUGGGAAGUGCGUCAAAGAGAAAAGCUUGUCGCCUCUCUGGGCUCAGCGCAUCGUAGUCGCCUGGCUCAGUAAGGCCGAGUGGGAUCAGGUGACGGUAUAUCUGUUCUGUGAUGACCAUAAAUUGCAGCGGUACGCGCUGAACCGCAUCACAGCGUGGAGAAGCAGGUUAGGCAACGAACUCCCCCUGGCAGUGGCUUCUACUGCUGACCUGGUACGCUGUAAGCUCUUGGAUGUAACUGGUGGCUUGGGCACUGAUGAACUUAGACUGCUCUAUGGCAUGGCAUUGGUCAGGUUUGUGAAUCUUAUCUCGGAGAGGAAGACAAAGUCUGUCAGGCUCCCCCUCAGGUUCCUGGCUCAGGAGGUGAACAUUCCAGAUUGGAUUGUUGAACUUCGCCAUGAGUUGACCCACAAGAAAAUGCCUCAUAUAAAUGACUGCCGCAGAGGUUGCUAUUUUGUCCUGGGUUGGCUCCAGAAGACCUACUGGUGCCGCCAGCUGGAGAACAGCCUGAGAGAGACCUGGGAGUUGGAGGAGGACAAGGAAGAGACAGAUGAAGACAACCAAGAAGAAUCAAAGGACAUUGUUGAUGAUAUCACAGAACAGAAACCAAAGCCUAAGGAUGAGGGGAAAGGUGCAGAGCUGGAUGUCAGGGCUGAUGGAGACAGCACAGGCGACAAAGAAGUUGAUAUGCACUGGGAAAAGGCUCAGAGACAUAAAGAACUAUAUGAAAGAGCCCGAGAACUAUUGGUAUCAUACGAAGAGGAGCAGUUUAAGGUGCUGGAGAAAUUUAGGCAUUUACCUCAGGCUGUUAAGGUGUGGAAUCAACUGUCCCCACCUGUAGACUGUAUCCUGGCAGAACUCAAGGGCAUUACAUGGGAGAACAGCUUGCCGACCUCUGCUGUAAGAAAUCUCAGGGCAAUUCUGAUCCCCCAUGGCGUGAUCCUGCAUUCUGCAUUACCCUUUCCUUUUAGCUCUGCAAGGGAAGCUGUACUGGAUGCUUUUCUGGAUGAUGGCUUUCUCAUCCCCACAUUUGAGCAGUUGGCAGCUUUGCAGAUAGAGUAUGAAGAUGGGCAGACUGAGGUCCAGAGAGGGGAAGGUACUGACCCAAAGUCACACAAAAACAUGGACUUCAAUGACAUCCUGGUACCAAAGCCGUUCUCUCAAUUCUGGCAGCCCCUGCUCAGGGGCUUGCACUCCCAGACCUUCACGCAGGCCAUGCUAGAGAGGAUGCUCUCUGAGCUGCCAGCCUUGGGGAACAGUGGGAUCCGGCCCACCUACAUCCUCAGAUGGACUGUUGAACUGAUCGUGGCUAACACCAAGACUGGACGGAAUGCCCGCCGAUUUUCUGCAGUCCAGUGGGAAGCAAGAAAGAGCUGGAGGCUAUUCAACUGCUCUGCCUCACUUGACUGGCCCCGGGUGGUUGAGUCCUGCUUGGGCUCACCUUGCUGGGCCAGCCCCCAUCUCCUUCAGCUGCUGGGCUGUAGUUGUUGCCAGAGAGGGAUUGUACUUUUGUUCCACUUAGAAGGAGGCCAGCACACUUCUAGGCAUACUUUUGGAGCUCAGGACAGAUUCCUCAGCAUCUUCAAAGCCAUGGGCCAGGUUCUGCCAGAUGAGGAGCAGAAGAAGCUGCUGCACAUCUGUUCCAUUUAUACCCAGAAUGGAAAAAACAGCCUGGUGGAGGAGGGCUCAGAGGCCUCCCCCAUUGGGAAGUACGCAUACACACUGGACAGCCUGUAUUGGAACCUCAAACCAGUUGGCUCCAGCUCCAGGCCUGAAGAAGAAGCCCAGCAGCAGGAGGAGAAGGGCAGCCUUAAUGAUGUCAAGGAAGAUGAGAGGGAGGAGAAAGAGGUCUUGGAAGACCAGGUAGAAGAGGAGGAAGAGGAAAAUGAUGACCGAGAGAAGUGGGAGGAGGAGGAUGAUGAAGAUGAUGAUGAUGAUGAUGAAGAUGAGGAGGAGGAAGACAGAAUGGAGGUGGGGACUUUCUCUUUGGAGGAGGAAUCCCCCACUGUUGAGAAUGCCAGGCUCCUGGCUCAGAAAAGAGGAGCGCUGCAGGGCUCUGCAUGGCAAGUUAGCUCGGACGAUGUGCGGUGGGACACCUUCCCCUUAGGCCUAAUGCCAGGUCAGACCGAGGACCCAGCAGAGCUUAUGCUGGAGAAUUAUGACACCAUGUAUCUUUUGGACCAGCCUGUGCUAGAGCAGCGGCUGGAACCCCCAACAUGCAAGAUGGGAUGCUGUAGUGUAACCAUGGAUCUGCCUGAGGGGAGGGAUGAUGGCUUUGCUCUCAGCUGUCACCCUCAUCUACCUGGAAGGUCCUUCGACCUGCAGGAAGCAGGGGAAGCCAGAGUAUUCUGAGCAGGGCCAGGGAAGGGGAGGGUGAAGUGUACCCCUAGAGCAAUGAUGAAAUCCUGAGUUGGGAGCUGGGCCUAGUCCUAUAGCCCAAGGUUGGUCUUGGGCCCCUUAACAAGCUGUUGGGGUGGGAGGGAUGCCAGCCCAGGGCUCUCUGGGCUCCCAAACUCUAGAGCCUAGGGAGAAGGCCUGUUAAGGCAGCCACUUUCAAUAUCUUCCUGUGGGUGGGGUGGUGCAGGUCCCCCCUCUUACCUCAGCCCAAAUAUCUCUGCUUUAAUCUGGCUUAUAUACUGGGGCUCUGUGUAAAGUUUAAUUUGAAAAGUUCUAUUCCUCCCAUUCCUCCCUCAAUUGAGGGGAGGACAGAGCAACCCCUGGGGGCUAUCUGAAGUAGUUUCUUAGAUUUGCUCUAGUCUCUUCUGUGUGAAUCCAGGCAGGACAGUGGGCCCCUCCCAUAGGUACACAAACAUCCUUAGCCCUUCCAGAGCCUAGAGCCUACUCCUUCCCUGACUGUCCCAC